UCCGCUUCCCUCCCUCAAAAAAAAAACAAAGAAAAAGGAAAAGAAAACGGGCCCAUCCCGCCCGCCACGCGCCCGCCACCCGCCCGCCGGGGCAGCCGCUCGCAGCCAUGGCCGAGGCAGAGCCCGCGGGGGCCGCCCCGCCGCCGCCCGGCCUGGGCUCCCUCCUGCCCGCCCGGGAGUUCCUCGGCUCCCGUAAGAGCCAGCUGCUUGUCGCCGAGUCGGUGCUGUCAUUUAUCAUCUUUAUCUGCUACAUUGCAUCUGUAGCCACCUCUUUCAUGAUGGCACCACUCCUGGAGUUUCUGCUGGCACUGUUUCUUUGUUUUGCCUAUGCCUCCAAACUUAAUGAGAAGUUUAAAGGACUCUACUGGCCUUUGAUGGAUUUCUUGCGGUGCGUCACUGCUGCCAUUAUUUACUUUGCCAUUUCAAUUGCUGCUGUCUCAAAAUAUAAUGAUGGAGCAUCUAAAGCAGCAGGAGUGUUUGGAUUUGUAGCCACAAUUGCCUACGCCAUUGAUUUCUACAUAAUCUUCAAUAACCUGGUUACUUUUCUCAAGCAAGGCAGUUCUGAUUCCCCUGAAGGUCGCAAGUCAGAAGAAGACGACUCAGAUUCCACCUCAAACUGAAGACCUGAACACCAACCAAGUGUGAAGGGAAGAUGAUCAAGCACUUUCCUCUUUGCUGAAGGCAUGGCCAAUUGAAAUAUCUAUCUUAUUUCAGCCUUGAUAUCCUCUUUCCACCUCACUUUUUAUGGAAUCACCAAAGCACAAACAGGGCAGUAAUGUGGAAAAGGAAAUUCUUCCCAAUGACAUUAAAAUACUCCUUCAGAACUAUGGAUUUUAUAGUAGUUCAACCUGACAGAGAGGUCUGUAUCCAAACAACUCAUCUCAAUUUGACAUUGCCCCUCCUUACUCAGCAUUACCAUGUGUUGAGUAAAUGGGAACACAGUAUUUUAAACCUAUAAGAGGACCUUUUAAUAUGCUUUCUUAAUUCCAAAUCUUGAACACAUAUCUUUUAUACUUCUUGCCAUGCCAAAGAAGGGAGGCUCAGAACGCCUCUACUUUAUUUGUAUUUUUCUUUAUUAACUAACAGUAUUUCUUUAUCUGAAGUCUGAACAUUCCACUAUCUCAAACACUGAAGGUAUAGAUUAUAGUUAACAUGUUGGUUUCGAUACAUUUAUAUCUACUGCCUAUCCACAACAAGAAAAAUUGACAACUGGAAAUCUGCAGCAAGAGCAAACCUCAAAGUAUAAUUGUGCUGCAGGGUAGCUAGCUUAUCAAACACUCAGUAUCACUUUUUUUAAGCUUCUUGGAUGGGAUCACAACCCAUCUUCUGCAACUUCACCGUAGAUAUGAGAGAGAACAGAUGAGGCAUCAUCUUACCAGCCCCUUCCUAUCAUGUGCAUGGAAGCCCCUUGUAUGUGUUUGUACAUACAACAGGUAAGGAAGGCUUGCCAAAUACCCUCCAAUGCUAUCUGCCUAUCGAAGCCUGCAUAUAUUUGUGUGCAAGAUAUCACAGUCUGAUCUCAUGCUCUGUGUUGCAGACACUGGUCCUCCCAUAAGAAGUAGCACUGGAGUUAGUCUACUGGGUUCACAAAACAAACAACUGUUUCCAUAAGACUCAGGAUACCUGGGCCCCAGGAGGGCAGUACAUCCUUCCCACUGUGAAAAGGCAAAAACCCCAACCUCCUAACUAAAGAAUGUCUGCAAUGAAAUUCAUCUUCCCAGGCCCUUUUUUUGGUGCAUGUGUUUUGGGGUUUUUUUCCUCCUGGAAGGACAUGACUUAUCUCAUGGCCUAGUAUUCUGGGGGAAAAGCCUUCUGAGUUUACAAGGCAGUGUUUUCAUGGGUAGCACAACCUGCCUUGAAAUAUCUGUGUCCACCUAUAAAUGCCUACUGCUUGGAAAAAAGCACUGCAUACCAUAUAUAUGGCAUCCAAUAAGUCUACUUCAAAGAAAAUUAUACGUUUUUAAAAAAUUAAUAUAGUACCAGAACAGAUGGCCUUAACAAAAAGUAAUUAAAAUGAGAGCAGAUGGUACUAACAGAGUAAAUUAAAAACAGGGAUAAAACAAUAAGGGCAGAUUUCCUUUGGAACAAAAUUACUGCUUGGGUUCCAAUUCCCUGCUAGCAGCUGGCUGCUGUCAGGCAGAAACACGGUACCUAACAGUGAGCAGGUGCUUGGGAAGGUGCUGGCAAGAUUCAGAGUUGUCUAACAGGCAGCUCCUACAUCUCCUACUUCUAGACCACUGAAUAAAAGCAAAACAAAUGGUUGCUUCCAAAUGUGACAAAUAAUCUUUGCUUUUAUGAGAGCGCUCUCUUUGGACCUUUUCCAGUACGAAAUUCCGCAUUUAUUUCCUUUCUACUGUCAUAUUUUACUGGCACACACUGUGACGUCAGGGGACCUUGGCUCAUUUUUAUAUUCAAUUGUUUUGUAUUUCCUUUUUUUUUAUUAAAACUUUACUGCAUGUCACAGCUGGAAACUAGUAUAUGGUUAAUAUUUAGAAUCAUGCUAGAUUAAACCUCCUUUAAUAGAAA